AUGAAUUUAACGGAAGAGUGCAGUACAAUUAUUCAGAAAAAGUUUCCUCUGAAGCUUAAAGAUAUAGGAAGCUCUAUCAUUCCUAUAGAGAUUGGAAAUAUUGGUGUCAGGAAAGCAUUGUGUGAUUUGGGAGCUAGUAUUAAUUUAAUGCCACUUUCCAUUUGCAAGGCUUUGCGAAUUCACGAAUUAAAGCCAACCAUAGUCUCUUUACAGUUAGCUGACAGAUCUAUCAGAAGGCCAGAUGGGGUAAUUGAAGACGUUUUGGUCAAGAUAGAUAAAUUUAUCUUCCCUGUGAACUAUGUUAUAUUAGAUAUGGAAGAAGAUGCUGAAAUUCCCUUGCUCCUGGGAAGACCAUUCUUAGCCACUGCAAAAGCUAUGGUAGAUGUCGAGCAAGGUAAACUGAUGUUUCGAGUAAACGAAGAAACAAUUACUAUUGAUGAUCUUGAGCCUAUGAAACAUCCAGUUGAUGGAGGAGAUUGCUUCAAGAUUGAUGUUAUUCAAGAUGUUGUACUAGAAAUAGUUGAGCAAGCACUCUACCCAUUGAUGGAAUUGGAGUCAAUAGAAGAAAAGCUAUUACAAGAUGUCACCGAAGUAAUAGGCGAAGAACAACCAUUGAAGGAACUUCCAUUGGACGAUGUUACUAAAUGA